AUGCGCUCCUUGGCCACGUCCGGGCCCAACGCGUCCUGGUGGGCGCUGGCCAACGCAUCCAGCUGUCCCGGCUGUGGCGCCAACGACUCGGACGGCCCGGCCCCGGCGCCGUGGCCCGUGGACGCCUGGCUAGUGCCGCUCUUCUUUGGCGCGCUGAUGCUGCUGGGCCUGGCAGGGAACUCGCUUGUCAUCUUCGUCAUCUGCCGCCAGAAGCAGAUGCGGACGGUGACCAACUUCUACAUCGCCAACCUGGCAGUCACAGACUUGACGUUCCUGCUGUGCUGCGUGCCCUUCACCGCUCUGCUCUACCCGCUGCCCGCCUGGGUGCUGGGCGACUUCAUGUGCAAGUUCCUCAACUACAUCCAGCAGGUCUCGGUGCAGGCCACGUGCGCCACCCUGACCGCCAUGAGCGUGGACCGCUGGUACGUGACUGUGUUCCCGCUGCGCGCCCUGCACCGCCGCACGCCCCACCUGGCGCUGGCUGUCAGCCUCAGUAUCUGGGCGGGCUCCGCGGCCGUGUCCGCGCCGGUUCUCGCCCUACAUCGCCUCUCGCCCGGACCGCGCACCUACUGCAGCGAGGCUUUCCCCAGCCGCUCCUUCGAGCGCGCCUUCGCGCUGUACAACCUGCUGGCGCUCUACCUGCUGCCGCUGGUCGCCACCUGCGCCUGCUACGGGGCCAUGCUGCGCCACCUGGGCCGGUCCGCCGUGCGCCCCGCGCCCGGCGACAGCGCCCUGCAGGGGCAGCUGCUGGCGGAGCGAGCGGGCGCUGUGCGGGCCAAGGUCUCGCGGCUGGUGGCGGCCGUGGUCUUGCUCUUCGCCGCCUGCUGGGGCCCCAUCCAGCUGUUCCUGGUGCUGCAGGCGCUAGGCCCGGCGGGCGCCUGGCAUCCGCGCAGCUACGCAGCUUACGCGCUCAAGAUCUGGGCGCACUGCAUGUCCUACAGCAACUCGGCGCUGAACCCCCUGCUCUACGCCUUCCUGGGCUCCCACUUCCGUCAGGCCUUCCGCCGCGUCUGCCCCUGCGCUCCCCGGCGGCCCCGCCGGUCGGGACCCUCGGACCCGGCCGCCCCCCAAACCGAGCUGCACCGCCUGACCGCCCACCAGGCCCCCGCCAGGCCCCCGAAGCCAGGCAGCGGUGGGCUGGGGCCGCGCAGGCUGUGUGUCCUGAGGGAGCACGCUGCCCCUCUCUGAGCCCUUUCUGGGGGCAUCAAGAUGAGCCCCUCUGGAACAGGAGCUGCUGUAAUUCUGCUAUUAAUGUCUUUAUUUUUGUCCAUGUUCAUCAUAGUGAGAAUGUUCUGAGCUCUUGUAAAGCUUUGCCACUAUUGAUAUUGUAAUCGUUAUCUCUGUGUUUCCUGAAGUUGAAGAUGGUUUGCUGAUGGCACUUUCUGGAACUUUCAAGGAAGUAUCGAUGGACAUUUUCACACACUGCCUUGCAGUUGACUGUAAAAUUGUAAGAUUCAUGCCAUUUUCAGAGAUGUUAAAAAGUGAACACGAUGUGCAUCUUAAAAUUGAUAGAAAGGUGCUCUUCUUGCUACCAGGUGAGCGUCCAGAAUCCUGGCUGG